CGAGCGCUUCUCAAAGGGUUCACGGGAUACACAUACAACGUUUAAGGCGGAACAAGCUGACAACGCGUCCUGUCUGGCUGUCAAACCAGUCCGCGAGUAUGUUUGAAGAGUAUGCUAGCAGAACUCAUUUGGAGUAAAACUGGCAUCUCCGUUUAGUCUACAUUCAUUUACAAACAUGACUUUGGAUUAGUGUUUGCUGUAGUUCGAGCCCAUGCCCCUAAAGCCGUGCCAAUGCCGAGGAAUGGAUACUAGUGUCUCUGGCAAAGUUGGAAACAUGGUCGCAAGUGAUGAGGAGCAUUUUGGCGCGAGCGAUGGCAGUAAUGCAGGGAUGGACGCGCUUCAUCAGUGCGAACUCAUCCAGAACCUGAUCGAGAUCUCCAUCUCUAGUCUGAAAGGGCUCCGGACCAAGUGCGCCGCAUCUAACGACCUGACCCAACACGAGAUACGCGCUUUGGAGGUGAAGCUGGUGAAGUACAUCAGUAAACAGUUCGAGUGGAAGCAGAGUGUUCCAGAGAGUGACAGACCGCUGGCGCUGGACUCUUACCCACAACUCACAGGCUGGCUCUACACCAUCAAUCUCCGGCCAGAGCUAAUAGAGGCAGUCCCUGUGAAGCUGUCUCUGGAUGCUCUGCUGCAGAUGUCCAGUGCGCAGGUGGAAGACACCAUGAAAAAGCUGGGCUCUAGCAUUGAGGAGCGUUCCCGUAUCACUGCUGCCCUCUCUUGUCUCAAGAGCGCUACUGACACAGGGGGAGCACUUAGGAAAGACGGUAUACCGUGGAUAGCAGAACCCAGUCACCGUGACAGUACCUCUGCUGACCCACUGUCUUCUUCUAUGCGUGCACAUCAGAUUUACAGUCCCAACCCAACCAGCUGGCCCCCUCCUUCUGCUUUCCCUGCCCCUCGUUCCUGUGUCUCUGUUUCGGCCCUACCCUCAACAGACUUCCCUACAAUCGUCCACCCACACUGUGAUGGGCUGAUGGACCCUUUUUCAUCCUCCCCUCAGCUGAACCGCUGCACCUCCGGACUGCUGUCCACCCCUCCAGUCACACCGCCACAGAGAAGGUAUGGAAAACUAAAGCCCCCACGAACUCCACCACCUCCAUCCCGUAAGCUGCUAAACCUCCUGCCCAGCAUCACUCUCACUCGCAGCAAGAGCCAGAGCCAACUGGCCAACCGGAUUGAUGACCUUACACCCAACAAGAAUGGAAAGAAAAAUAAGCCGCUCCUGAACGUGCAGGUAAACGGUGGAGGAAACGGCUGGGAAGACUCGCCCUCACGGUCACCACUGUUGUCUGCCCGUUCCCCAUGCAUUCUCCCAAAUACCCCCAGUCACCUGGGAGACUCUGCAGGAGUAAGAAACAAUGUUGCAUCCCACGGAAGCUCUCCAGUAAUCAUGAGAAAGGAUAUCGGUCUGGAUGUCACACACAGGUUUUCCACCAAGUCCUGGUUGUCUCAGACGUGUCAGGUGUGCAAGAAGAACAUGAUGUUUGGUGUUAAAUGUAAACAGUGCAAGGUGAAGUGCCACAAUAGAUGUACCAAAGAGGCCCCAAAGUGCAGGAUUUCAUUUGCACAAUUUCCAAACAAGAUCAGAAGAACAGAGUCAGUGCCGUCAGGUAUCAAUAACCAGGUGGAGCGACCAGCAGAGACUCAGUCUCAGUACGGAACAUUACCGAAGGCAAUAAACAAAAAGGACCACCCUCCAUCACUGAGUCACCUGGACUCCAGCAGUAACCCCUCCUCCACCACCUCCUCCACCCCCUCCUCACCUGCCCCCUCCGGUCAGAGCAACCCUUCAAGCGCCACCCCGCCACCCAACUCCUCCCCUAAGGGUCACAUUGACAGUCGCUUUCACUUCCCAGAUGUAUCCAGCUCUAUGCAUUCAGACGGAGGUUACAACACUACCAGAGAAACAGAUCAUUUGGACGGUGAUGUCACCCAGCUGUCAACAGGCCAAAGAGAAGCUGUGGAUGAGGAGCAGCAAGGGGACGACGGUCAGGAUCAGGAAGGUUCGGACGAUGAAAGUGAAGGUGAUGAAGUGGAUGACCUGCCCAACUGCAGGACCUGGAAGGACCACAUAAGCCGUAAGGCCAGCCAGACCAGCGUUUAUCUGCAGGAGUGGGAUGUGCCUUUCGAGCAGCUGGAGCUCGGAGAGCUGAUCGGUAAAGGCCGCUGGGGGAAGGUGUGUAGGGGCCGCUGGCACGGAGAGGUGGCCGUUCGCUUGUUAGAGAUUGACGGUAACAACCAGGAGCACUUGAAGCUGUUCAAGAAGGAAGUGAUGAACUACCGGCAAACGCGACAUGAGAACGUCGUGCUGUUUAUGGGGGCCUGCAUGAACCCGCCCCAUCUGGCCAUUAUCACCAGCUUUUGUAAAGGACGGACGCUCUACUCAGUUGUCAGGGACUCGAAACUUGACAUCAACAAGAUAAGACAAAUCGCUCAGGAAAUCGUAAAGGGAAUGGGUUACCUCCAUGCAAAGGGAAUUGUGCACAAAGAUUUGAAGUCCAAGAACGUUUUUUACGAUUCAAACAAAGUUGUCAUCACAGAUUUCGGUCUGUUUGGGAUGUCUGGAGUGGUCCAGGAGGACAGGCGGGAAAAUGAACUGAAGCUGCCACGAGGGUGGAUCUAUUACCUGGCUCCAGAGAUCGUGCAAAAGAUGGGACCAGGAAACCAAGAAGACUGCUUGCCCUUUUCUAAAGCUGCUGACGUUUACGCUUUUGGCACUAUCUGGUAUGAACUCCAGGCCAAAGAAUGGCCCAUCAAGAACCAACCGACUGAAGUUUUGAUCUAUCAGCUGGGAAGUGGAGAAGGCAUCAGAACAUUACUAGCCCAGAAGGGUACAAGCUUAGGCAAGGAGGUUACGGAGAUCGUGUCAGCAUGCUGGUCCUUUAAGGUUGAGGACAGACCCACAUUCACUCAGCUGUCAGACUUACUAGAGAAACUGCCAAAGCUCAAUCGUAGACUCUCACACCCUGGGCACUUCUGGAAGUCUGAGGAGUAUGUAUCUUAGGCUGGAACGCUAGCAUGCUGCGGAUCCCCUUUUUUUAGGGGGUUUAGUACAUGGAGCAUGAAAACUAACUGAUCAUUUGGAGCCGACAUGUGCAUUGUUUUGUUUGUUUUUCCCUCUAUUCUGAGCCUUCUUAAUUUUACACCAUUGGAUUUUUAGUGUAGCGAGUGUCAGAGGGAUGCUGUGCCAUUUUAUAUUUUGGUCAAACCUGAUAUCAGAUGGUGAAGGAAAUAACAGUAAGUGACCGUAAUGUGAGUGUUUUCUGCUACCAUCGUUUUUUUUUUUUGCCUGUUAUGAAUGAUUGGUCUGGUUUGCAAAUAUGAAAAAAUUCCGAAGUAGAUACUGUUCUGAAUAUGAGUGGUUCGGAAGGAAAGUGCUUAUUAAUUUAAAGAGAUACGAUCAUACUAUAAAAGGACUUUAACAGAUGUUCAUAUGCCCAAAUAUCUGGCCUGUGGUCAGUAAUUCACCUCUUACAUUUAAAUGUAAUGGUGAGACUGUGGUGAAAAGGGUGUGAUCUGAAUUUAUAAUAAUUAACAUAAUAUUAAUAAUGAAAAUAAUUAUAGAACAUAUGAUUAUAUAAUACAUUAUAAUAUACAAUGAUUUAUUAUUAUUAUUAUUAUUAUUUAUCAGUAAAAGCAGCUGAUAUCCCUGGAAAACCUUGUGUAAUAUUUUUUUUUUUUUUUUUUUUUUUUCUGCUGUUUUUCUUGCGGGUUUCUCUCCGCACUGGGAAUGGGCCAAACUUGUGAUCCCAUCUCUGUCAUCUGCUGUUCCUGUCUCCAUCUUGACAUCUCAAUAUUUCUUCUUACCACCAACCUCUUCCCAAUCUUCAUAUUUUACACUUUCUUCUUUCUGUUAUCUGAUUGGCUGAAUGUUCAGUGCAUGACAUCACCACUGUCGGCGUGAACACUGCAGUCCCGGGAUCAGCUCUCACUGUCCCUACAUCUACAAAUAUGAUGGUUUGUCCACAGCUGCCGUUAACAUUAGCAUGGCUGCUGCAUUCAAAGAAAGCAACUAGUUUUGAUUCAGAUGUCUUUAAUUAUUCCAUUUAUUUCCUGUGUGAUUUAUUGAUUGCUUAGCUGGUGGUCAACAGUGUCUUGCAGAUAUUUGCAAUAUUCACAUUUGUGUUGCUUUUUUUUAUAUUAGUCCUAUCUUUGGCAACUGAUAGGCUUUUAAACUUUUGCCUGUUCUAACACUGAGGAAAGCUAUUUCACCUAAACUUUGUAAAUGGAAAAUAUGCCGACAGGAUUUCAGCAGUUUUAUUGAGCUAGCAGACCUUGCCACGUUUUGGGGUUUCAAAUUCCUCAUGUGCCGUCAGAUGAAUGGAAUGUGACUUCCGCUGCUCUUUUGGAAAGACCUUAAGCUUUUACAGUCCACAAACUUUCUCCUGUACUCUUAAAAAUAAAGGGACUUCCAAUUUCCACAUUUUUGUUCAAAAUGAAGAUUUAAAUGAAUAAUCAUUUACCGGAUGCUAAUCUGACCUACUGAGCCUUUCCAGAAUGGAUAAAGAGCCUCAAAAAUAAGGAUCCUGAUUAGGUAUUUGUAAAAUCAUAAAGAACGAAUGAUAUUUUAACCCAGCAUGAUGAUGUUCAGGAACUUUUAAUAUCUAAUACCUCUCGUUUUAAUUUGUAUAACAUUUGCCUAUGUGUGUGUGUGUGUGUGUGUGUGUGUGUGUGUGUGUGUGUACCAGAAAAAGAGAGAGUGUGCAUGCAGAGUCUUGGAUGAUUUAUUUGUGGUGUUGUGAACACUGAGGAGGUUAAAGACUGCAGUGACUGUUCCCAUGACAUCUUAAAGACUUGAAUAGAGAACUAUUGUUUUAUUUAUUGUACAGCUCAAGUUUCUUAUAGUAUUUGUAUCAAAUUUUAUAUUAAAGUUUCCAUCAUAACAUUUUGAAAAGGUACUUUACUCCUGCUGUACAGUUCUUUAUAUACAAAGUGUGUUGAACACAAAUUAUACAUUUCUAGAAUGAGAUUGUGGUUUUAAUGUUAUGUAAUUAUGAAUUAAUAUUUUUGUAAAGCUUAUAGCCAUUUGUCUGUAAAUGCAAUUUAAUUUUAUCCCGGCAGAAAUAAUAAAAAAAAAAAAAAAUGAAA